AUGGGUAGGGACCGCUGUUUCCCCCAGUCUGCUUAUCGUGCGAACCUUGGGGAGCACCAGCUGUUCAGCCUCUCCCCGAACCGGGUCUCGUCCCACGUGCGCCAGAUCCUUGUCCACUCCGAUUACAAGAGGGGGACCCCUGCAGCCGACAUCGCCCUAGUGCAGCUGGCAAAGCCAGUGCAAUACACCGACAAAAUCCUCCCCUUCUGCUUGCCUGGCCCCUCCGACUCCUUCCCUGACAACCAGACGUGCUGGUCUCUCUCCCACCCCUGCAAGACGCUGCAGGAGGUGCAGGUCCAGCUGAUCGACACUGCAGCCUGCAACACCCUCUACAACAUCGACCCAGCCCCGAACAUGGGCAGGGACCCCGUCAAACCUGACACGAUCUGUGCCGGCUACGCUGAAGGGCAGAGGGACUCCUGCCAGGGUGACUCUGGGGGGCCGCUGACCUGUGACCACAAUGGGACCUGGUUCCUGAUGGGGGUUGUGAGCUGGGGGGACGGCUGUGGCGAGCCCAAUCGUCCCAGUGUCUAUGUCCGGACAGUGGCCUAUGGUGAAUGGAUACGGGGGCACGUGGUGUCCGGGGGCCAAGCCACAUCCAUGGAGAACAGCAUCUCUGGAGUAAAUGACUCCAGAUCCUCCUUCAGCACCUACAUGCUUCUCUUCACCACUCUCCUGAUGUCACUGUGA